AAACACAUUGAGUUAUCGUUGAACCGUCCAGAUCCAGGCAAAUCAGUUGUUAAUAGAAUUCUUUGUUUUAAGAACAUCAUAACUCCAAAAUUGAUCAAGUAUGGUGUCCAUUAUAAAAAAUAUUGAAGAUUUUGAAAAGAAAAUGGCCAAUGCAGGCGAUAAGUUGGUUGUUCUCGACUUUUAUGCCACCUGGUGUGGUCCUUGUAAGGAUAUGGAUCCUCAUGUGCGUAAAUUGACGCAAAAGCAUAAAGACCAAGUGAUAGCGCUAAAGAUCAACGUUGAUAAGUUCGAAGAAAUCGCCGACUAUUAUAAAGUAAAAAGUAUGCCAACAUUUGUCUUCAUCAAAAAUAAGAAACGUUUGUCCAGCUUUGCGGGAGCCGACGAAAUACUGUUGAAGGAGAGAAUUGAGAAGCUAAUAAAGUAGUGGCACCUUAGUAAAACCAAAAGUUAGGUUAAGAAGAAGACAUCUGUGAUGUUUUUAAAAUAGUUUUAAAUUGAUGUGUAUUUGUUUGUACUACUUUUUGACUUGAAAAAUUAAUUUUGUGUUUGUCAAAUAAAUAUUUUUACCCAAAAAAAUUAUUAUGAUGAUUUAAGUCUGCGAUGUCAA